AAUUGGACUGAUAGAUAGAUAAUAACUGAACUUUAAAGCUGCACUCUAAAAGCUAAUUAAAGGUAGAAAACAUGCACUUUCACUGGAAAAACAAAAAACAAAAAACGUAUAAACACAUAUUUACACUGGGAGUGUAAAAUAUUUAUGUACAUAUGCACCUCUUUUUUUAAUGUAUAUAAACUAAUAUGCAUAAUAAUAAGAAGAGCAAGAAGAAGAAUAACGCAUACUGUUCUUUUUAUGCAUAUGCAAGUUGCACGUGCAUAUUAUAGAUAUGAACUGUGUGUGUGUGUGUGUGUGUGUGUGUAAGUGCCACUAGAUUUGGGCCCAGACACAUAACUAAUAAUCUGUACUAUCUGUCGUGCAUAACAUAACCACCCCCAUGGCCGCGUAUAAAUGGGCGGUAGCAGAGGGGACAGGAGAUGGCGAUGGCUUUCCCGUGUCACCCCGAGAGAAAGGAGCUCAUCACAGAGUGUGUGUGGAAAAUGUGACAGAGCGCAGUUAGCAGUGACUACACCACUUGCUGUCAGAGGGGGGGAAAAGCAGGAGACACCGGAGAAGGACGCUGCUCACACCAAGUUCGGCAGGAAAAAAGAAGCAAUGGCGAGCUCCUUGCCCCUGGACACGGUCAUGUCCUGCCCGAGACUCGAGCCCAGGAGCGCGGUCGAGUCCUCUCCAAAACCCUUGGCUUUCUCCAUCGACAGGAUCAUGUCCAAGACGACGGAGGAGCGCAGAGGACCGGACAACACUGAAGGGAAGAGGACGACGGGUUUAUGCGCGCCCAUCCCUUGCAUGAUUCCCAUCCAACCUUUAGCCUACGACCUCCAGGCCAAAGCGCUGGUGAACUACUCCGAAUUUUGGAGAGCGAAUUUCCGGGGUGCGCUGUGCGCCUCGGCGGCGGCGACGUGCAAAUCCAGCUGCGGUGCGUGCACUAAAACGGACUUGCUGCCAGGAAGCAGGGUUAUCAAACCUCAAGUAAUCCAUCAAGCAAUGACCAUGCCAGGCAACGCAUCUUUGUACUAUUUCAAUUACCUGGAUGCUGCGUAUCACCAAUCCGAGCUGCUCAGCGGACAUUUGUUUUCUUCAGUGGUUGCCAGCUCGCAGGCGCAGGCUAUGACUGCGCACCAGAAGCUGCUGCUGCUUGAGAGCGCAAAACUGGCUGAGAAAGUGCCCACGCCGCAGUUUCCCCAUAAAGAGCGUCUGCCCGGGCAGCUGGACCAUCUCAUGAAGGAGAACCACGGGCUGGGUUCUGAGAAGAACAGCGCCAAAGUGCACAGCAAGGCGAAUGCCUGUCCCGCGGACGGGAAACCCAAGAACUUCACGUGCGAAGUUUGUGGAAAGGUGUUUAACGCGCAUUACAACCUCACGCGCCACAUGCCGGUGCACACGGGCGCCAGACCGUUUGUUUGCAAAGUGUGUGGGAAAGGUUUCCGCCAGGCCAGCACACUGUGUCGACAUAAAAUCAUACACACGCAAGAAAAACCUCAUAAAUGUAACCAGUGCGGAAAAGCGUUCAACAGGAGCUCGACGUUAAACACGCACGUGCGAAUUCACGCCGGCUACAAACCGUUCGUGUGCGAGUUUUGCGGAAAAGGUUUUCACCAAAAAGGCAAUUACAAAAAUCACAAACUGACACACAGCGGCGAGAAACAGUUCAAGUGCACGAUCUGCAGCAAAGCCUUCCACCAGAUCUACAACCUGACCUUCCACAUGCACACGCACAACGACAAGAAGCCGUUCACGUGCGGGACGUGCGGGAAAGGCUUUUGUCGGAACUUUGAUUUGAAAAAACAUGUGCGGAAACUGCACGAAAAUAAUGCGGCCUGCUUACAGACGGGUGAGGAAUCCUCCAGAGUACCAAACUGAGAUUCAGUUUAAACGGACUGGAGCUACAGACAAGCUACCUGGUGUACAAAAAACCCGGAGAGGAUUGGAUGAAAGGAUCACUUCACAGCGGAAUUGUAAAUAAAACAGAAUAAAAUAUUAUUUAAAAAAAUUAUCUGGAAGCAUUUUAUUCGUCUAACACAUAAUGUCUUGUUGCACAAAUUAAUGCAUAAUA